UCGAGCGAGCGCGGCCGCCGGCGACACCCGGACAACGCGCCGGCGGCGGGGCAAGGAGGGCGGCCCGGAGGGCAGCGGCCCUGGCCCGCUUGUGCGGCCCUCUCUCGCGCUCCAGCACCGCUCUGGCUGUGCCCCGGCCCCGCCACACGCGCAGCCAUGGUGGGUCGGCUGAGCCUGCAGGAUGUCCCCGAGCUCGUGGACACGAAGAAGAAGGGCGACGGCGUCCUGGACAGCCCGGACUCGGGGCUGCCCCCAAGCCCUAGCCCCAGCCACUGGGGGCUCGCGGCGGCGGCGGCGGGCGGCGGUGGGGAGCGCGCCCCGGUCCCUGGGGCGCUGGAGCCCGACGCGGCGGCGACCCCAGCGAUCCCGAACCCAGCAUCUCUGACCCACUCGCUGGCUGCCAGCUGCUCACCACGGCUCUGCCCCCUGUCCUUUGGCGAAGGAGUCGAGUUUGACCCCUUACCACCCAAGGAAAUAAAGUACACCUCCUCAGUCAAGUACGACUCCGAGCGGCACUUCAUCGAUGACGUGCAGAUGCCCCUGGGGCUGGAGGUGGCUUCCUGCAGCCAGACAGUCACCUGUAUCCCCAAUUGCACUUGGCGAAACUAUAAGGCUGAGGUGCGCUUCGAGCCCCGCCACAAGGCCGCGCGCUUCCUCAGCACGACCAUCAUCUACCCCAAGUACCCCAAGACCGUCUACACCACCACUCUGGAUUACAACUGCCACAAGAAGCUGAGGAGGUUUCUGUCCAGUGUGGAGCUCGAGGCCACGGAGUUCCUGGGUAGUGACGGUCUCUCAGAUGAAUGCUGACUCAAGCUAGCUACCUGAGGUUGGGCCAGCCCUGGUCCCCAGACCACUCUGGACAAGUUGGGUAACAUUGCUCUUGCAUAUCAUCCCAGCCCAGAGGAGUCUGACCUAGAGAUACCUCUAAGCCUAGCCAGGGAAAGAAGAAAGGAAGAAAAAAAAAAUCACUGCAUCUUAUAAUAAUAGAGAAACUUGGCUUUGUUUAAAAUUUUUUCAGAUCCUUUUUUUUUUUUUUUUUAAGGAGCAGAUAUAUAUAUGUCCUGGCUGGUUGAUGCAGUUUCCCCAAAGUCUCAAUUUGAUGAGAAAAUAAACAUAGGCAGAACAAUGGCAUCAGGACCAGCUGAGGUGAGCUUGUCCUCCAUUUUCUGACGAAGGAAGUGGGAAAGUCUCCGGAACAGAAAAAGUGGGUUUUAAGAAAUUUCAGCCAUGCAUAUUUUCAUUGCUGAAAAAAAAAAAGAGAAAAGGAGCUACCUCCGGUGGACUGUGAUGCCCAGAUGUGUUCAAUCUGUGGAGACUCGUGUUCGGGACCAUUUUUCUGUUUCUGCUUCAUUUGUUUUUCCUGCUAAUCCAAACUCUUAGUAUUAUCAAAAUCUUUUUCAUGAUAUUAGGGGAGAAAAACAAAAACCCCAGAAGGAGAUGCCUUUAAAACAUGAGCACUCUGCCUGUUCUGCCGUCGCUGGGUUGGGUAAACAGCUAGCCCUGUCUGGGGCACCGCAGCUGUCUGCUUCUCCAAGGUUGGUUCCAGGCGCAGGCUGUGGUGCAGCCCUAGCGUGCUUGGCAUCUGGUUAACAUCUCCUUAGGCUUGUGUAAUUCCGCUCAUAGGUAUUUUGGGGUUUUGAAAUACUUUCCCUUUUUUUUUUUUUUUUUUUCACAAGGCAAAAUGCAGCAGAGGCUCUUUUUGAGAGGAACGGCAUUUUAAAAGAAUGCUUUGGAAAAACGCAUGUUGGAACUGCGUGGAAAGGGAUUCCACUGCGGGCCGCCAUGCCUAAGAACAGCUGCCAUAGGAGGAGGCAGAUUCGAAUGUGACUCAGAUCAUCAUGAUUAAAUGUCUCGAUGGACUGAUUCUUAGGACUUUGAUAAUGUCAAAACUGGGAGGGAUUGGGUUUAACCCAGCAAAGCCAGGAGUAUUCCUCACCAUCCAGAUUAAGCUGAGAUGAAUUCAGGAGUAGGGAGUGACAAUUCAAACACCACAGCCUUGCCUCUGUGGUGAUGGGGGAACAUUUCUUUUGUACCACUGUAUACACAGAAGUAACUAUCGUGGAGUCGGGAUGAGUCAAAGGUGUUUCUCAGCCAACUUCUGAGCUGGCCCAGUGGGUGCUGUGCACCAGGCUGCCGCUGCUCCCGUGCCCCUACCCCAGGCCUGGCCCUUGCUUCUUAGAACCCCCUGCCAGGCCCCACAGUGCUGGAGUGAAGAAAGUGGUAAACUGAUUUUUUCUUCCAGCACUGGAAAGAACAAGUUGUACAUAUUUCCUCUGAAUACUUCCAAAUCAUAUCAAGUGGGCUACAGAGGCUCUACCUUCUGUGAUGUCUCUGGAUCUCUGAGGAUGGCUUCCAUCUGUCCAGAAAGCAGACUUGAGAACGUGCUGGCUCUCCCGGGGCCACGGCAGGGACUUGUGAUCGUGGAAGAGAGGGGCAAAGAUGAUCGCUCUCGUUUGACAAUGGUGGCAAUGACUAGAGCCACACCGCCUAGCCCGUGUCCCCUGCAGACGGCCAUGCCUGGUCUGUUGUGUUUUUAACUCGUCCCCCUGGGCAGACAGGUUGCUGGCCUCGGGGUCUCAGCUGACUAGGGUGCAGCUCAGUUGGGGGGACACUGGAGCACACCAGCUCCUCGGUCAAACUGAGAGUAACAAGUGCUACUUGGCUUUGGAAAAGCCUUUAUUGACAGAAGUGGAUUUUCUAUCUGACUCUGUAAUGUCACUGAGGUGGGAAAUAUAAUUUCUUUUUGCAAAUACAAUUCUUUCUUUUUUUUUUUUUGAGACAGGGUUCCUCUGUGUAGUCCUUGCUGUCCUGGAACUCACUCUGUAGACCAGGCUGCCCUUGAACUCACAGAGAUCUGCCUGCCUGUCUCCCAAGUGUUGGGAUUAAAGGCAUGUGCCACCCUGGCGCAAAUACAAUUUUUUGUUGUUGUUGUUGUUGUUUUGUUUUUUUGAGACAGGGUUUCUCUGUGUAGUUUUAGUACCUGUCCUGGAUCUUGCUCUAUAGACCAGGCUGGCCUCGAACUCACAGAGAUCCGCCUGGCUCUGCCUCCUGGGUGCUAGGAUUAAAGGCAUGCACCACCACCGCCCAGCAAAUAACAAUUUUUGAAUUAGGAAAAUCAUGAAAGCUUUACUCUGCCCCUUUGGAGACACUUGUUUUGAGUUCAGAAUCAUGAUACCUUAAGACAUCUCUCUCUCUCUCUCUCUCUCUCUCUCUCUCUCUCUCUCUCUGUUAAGUUGGAUCAUGUUAAAUUCAGGAGUUCAGGCAGAACCUUCUAGGUGUGGAUGGAACCAGAACCAUCUCAGUAAGUAGAAGCAAGCAACUGUGGAUGUCUAAUGUGGAUGGAAAGGGUUUUAUGCCGUUAGGUUAUUCGCUAGGAGGCAGCUGUAUGUAGCUGUUUUGAAUCUUCUUGAAAGCUGCAGGCCUGGAAGCUGAGUGGCAUCCUGGGGCACCUUGAUGGAGGUGUCACCAGCCCAGAGCAGAUCCCUGAUGGUUGGCAAAGUGGAAGAGGAGACUUUUAAAACUCACACACUUGACAUUCCUGAGUGUGCGUGAGAGACUGGGUGUGUUCCUUAUGAAGCUUUUGCUCUGUUGUGUAAGUUAUGGCUGUGGCAGAGGGUGUGUGUUUCUAGAGAAAGGUAGUUUUUCUUUCAGAUGUCUGGCAAAGACUUCAUUUGAACCAGUAUCUUUUCAUUUGACUCUUUUCCCGUUUUUAAACUUAGAAAGUAUUUGACACAUACCAAAAAACAAAAAAAAAAAGUUUUAAGAUUAUCUUCGACCUCUGUCCCACUCCAUUUUUGCUUUGUGACUUCUUCAUUUAACAAUAAAUUAUCUAAAACCCGGG